CGACAAUACAUAUAUAUCCCCAUAUUCUCACAUAUAUACAAUAAUUUUGUAUAUAUAAAAUAUAAACCAUACGAAACCCUUUUACCGACUGUUCUCUCUCUCCUCUCCUACUUUACUUAUUUCAUUCAAAGCAAGAAAUCGAAAAAGGACCCCAAACUUUUUUCUUCCUUCAUCUUUCUCUCCUCCCAUCAUCAUCACCAUGUCCUCCCAUACCAAUCUCCCCUCUCCCAAACCAGUUCCUAAACCAGAUCACCGUAUCUCCGGUACAUCCCAAACCAAGAAACCACCGUCUUCCUCCGUAGCUCAAGACCAACAAAACCUAAAAUGCCCUCGUUGCAACUCUCCAAACACAAAGUUCUGUUACUACAACAACUACAGUCUCUCUCAACCUCGUCACUUCUGCAAAUCUUGUCGCCGUUACUGGACACGUGGCGGUGCUCUAAGAAACGUCCCCAUCGGUGGUGGUUGCCGGAAAACCAAAAAAUCUAUCAAACCUAAUUCCUCCAUGAACACACUUCCUUCGUCUUCUUCCUCUCAGAGGUUCUUCUCAUCAAUCAUGGAAGAUUCAUCCAAAUUCUUCCCUCCUCCGACAACAAUGGAUUUUCAGCUGGCCGGAUUAUCUCUCAACAAAAUGAACGAUCUUCAACUUUUGAAUAACCAAGAAGUUCUUGAUCUUAGGCCCAUGAUGUCCUCGGGCCGAGAAAACACACCCGUUGAUGUCGGGUCGGGUUUAUCCCUAAUGGGUUUUGGAGAUUUCAACAACAACCAUUCACCGACGGGGUUCACAACCGCCGGAGCAAGCGACGGAAACUUAGCUUCUUCUAUAGAGACUUUGAGUUGUUUAAACCAAGAUUUACACUGGAGGCUUCAGCAACAGAGGAUGGCGAUGCUUUUUGGUAAUUCUAAGGAAGAAACUGUUGUCGUCGAGAGGCCACAACCUAUUCUUUAUCGGAAUCUUGAGAUCGUAAACUCAUCAUCGCCGUCGUCGCCGACGAAGAAAGGAGAUAAUCAGACAGAGUGGUAUUUUGGUAAUAACAGUGAUAAUGAAGGAGUGAUUAGUAAUAAUGCUAAUACAGGAGGAGGAGGAAGUGAAUGGAACAAUGGAAUUCAAGCUUGGACUGAUCUUAAUCAUUAUAAUGCAUUGCCUUGAAUCUUGGUAAGUUUAAGAAACUAUAUAAUCUAUAAUUUCAUAUAAUCUAUUUGCUAUGUGUUGUGAUGUAAUGCCAAAACUAUUUAUGUUUGUAGUUUUUUUUUUUUUUUGUAUUCUUUUUGUUGUCGUUGUUGGUUACUAUUCUAGUAUUUUAAGUUUCAAUUUGUAAACAAAAAAACAAAAUUGGGGGAGAUAUUCAAGAAUGGAGAGAGAUACUUACAUUAUAUACUGGUGAUUUGUCUGUAUUGAAUUGAAAGGUGGAACAGAACUUACUGUGUUUAAUUAUCGGAAAGCUCUUGGUUUGGUGAUGAAAUGUUCACUUAAUGACUUAUUGGAUG